CCACGUCGCGAGGCGCUUGCAGUCCUUAUUAAACCCUUCGAACUCCGCACCCGUUUCGUCGGUUUCCUAGUUUUUCGAGCGACGCUGAAGUUUGCCGCCAUGAAAACCCAGAUCUGCCAUCGCCGCGUCACCAGCCUGGACAAGGUGGCGAAGGGUCGCGUCGAUCGCAACGAGAUCGACCUGAACCACGGAUCGGCGCUGGCCUUGCUCGACAAGCUCGCUCAACUGGUGCCCAGCGCGGGUCGCUGCAAGAAGCCCACAGAGCUGGAAAUCAUGCAGGAGGUCAUCGACUACAUCCUCGACCUGGAGAUGACCCUGAAGACGCAGCCUGCGAGCUUUACGUCGUGCCCGGCGUCGUUCGAGGUCAGCCCGGCGUAGCAGUCUGGUGGCUGUCCACUUCCGUCGGCAACGCAAGGGCACACACGUGCUCGAAAGAAAAGGUGACAAAUGCGGACAUGGUCGCUCACCACUUGGCCAUGCCCGCGCUUCGAGCAGCGCUUCCGCCAACUCCUGCUUCAAGCUUCGACUUGCGAGACACCGACACGGGAGUCUCAUCAGCGGCUUUUCUCGGGCAAAGCUCUUCUCCGACGCCUCUGAUUUGCGAAGAGCCCCAGGGUGCUUCUCAUGACCUGUCGUCCAGUGAACCACCUCGCAUGGGGCCAAGCUCUGGCCGUGCACGAUUCUGACGGUCCCUUUUGCUGCGUCGUCUGGUCACAUGGAUCGCGGGAGAAAGUCGGGAACAUCGUGAAAAUAUCGCCGACCAGACGUAUUCUACACCUUUGCACAGGGCUUCAGCCGUCCCUCAGGAUCAGGAGUGCUUUCUACAAGAAGAAAGCGAAAAAUGCCUGGAGUACUUGGAGCAAUUGGCUUGGCUUCUGCCCCUGCGGCUGCUGCUGCGAUUUGCAGUGGGUUGACGUCACCAGCCGCAGUUCGGCACGCGGCUUACAUCGGAACAAGGAUCACUGGUCAUCUCUGGAUUCUCAAACGAGGAACGUCCUGCGUAUUUGCUCUACUGAGCAGCGGAAGAGGACGAGAACGUGGUUUGAAUCGGCAUUUACGGCAACUACCGCUCAUCGAUAUGUCCACAAGAGCGCUGUUUAUGAAACCGCUGAGAAGAAAAUGGAUGGUGACUCGGCAACCAGACGAAUCGACAAUUGCCAACAUCGGCUGCAAGGACAGUAAUAAAGAUAUUCUUGUCAA